UUCUUUCAGUUCAUUGAUCAUUCGAUGGAUUCUCCGCCAGCGCCAGUGAAGCCUCCGAGAGGAGUAAAGUAUACCAAAGAAACGAGUGGCUGCGGGCUGUUAGUUUCCGUGAUCAAAACUCUCGAUGCCAGUGAAACGAACGAGCAGCGCGAGCGAGAGAAGCUCAAGAUCGAACGAGAGUUCCGGAAGACCGAUCUGCGGCUGAACGAGCUCGUGUCUCGGAGCGAUGGCGACCUUACGCGGGUCAUGCAACUGUUUGGUAAGGUGUCGAUGGAGAUCACGGCGUCCCGGGAGCGCAUCCACAUCGUGAAGGAGAACCUACAGUCGUGCAAGCAGCUCUUGCGCUGUCGGCGCGAAGAACUGCGGAAGCUGUACACCGACGCCAUCCAGCACAAAUACGUGCUGGAGAUGCUGGACCAGAUCACCGAGGUGCGGAAGGUGCCGGCCCAGCUGGCCGGCUUCCUGGCCAAGAAACACUACCUACACGCCACCAAGCUGCUGAUGGCCUCGAUCGAAACGACCGACGGGCGGCUGAAGGGUGUCGAAGGGUUGAACGAUCUGCGGCAGGACUUUCAGAACCGACGCCAGCAGCUGUACGGCAAGCUGCUCGAAGAGCUAAACAAACACCUGUACGUGUCGAGCACGGCCGACGUGCUACAAAACUUCCAGCGACAGUCAUCCGGGCGCAACAGCAACAGUCAGUACGGGGCUGGUGUGUCGCCCUUCCAGCGAAACGUACUGCGUCGGUCGGCCGAACGGGUCGAAGCGAACACGAAAGCCCGCAAAGCACUGUUUGAGAUCUCAAAAAACGGCUUCCUGGACGUGGACAAGAGUGAAAUCAUCGAAGAUACGGACCUUCUCGAUCCGGAUGUCAAUUCGUCCUACUUUUUGAGUAUUAUCGUUGAAUGCUUUGCAUUGCUACAGAAAGUGCCUGAAUCGAUUGAGUCAAUAAAAGUACAAAUGCAGAGCGAACUUCUGGCGAUCGUCACCAAAUCCACGCAGCACAUCAUUUCACUCGAGCAUCAGCAGACAGCGGGAGCGCCGGUGCAGUCCCUCUGCAACGGAAGCACGCCCGGCGGCUCAACGGCCACCGAUUCGUCACAAGCGCCAUCGGUCCAACCUGUACCGAUACUCGAGCUGCUCGAGCUGACCUUCCGCCAGUUCAAGCUGAUUGCCGAUGCGCACCAGCAAGCCCUGCGUAACUACGGCAACGUCAUACAUCGAUACAACCUUCCGCAAGUGAAGCCUUACGAUAUAAUCGAGUACUGGGGUCAGGCACAGGCCGUCCUGAAGCUGGUGCUGACCGACUAUUUGGACAUACAGAAUGACAGCAGCGACGAGGCGCUGCUCAUGCGCGGCCAGUUCACCGAGCAGACCACCAACGUGAACGCGUUCUUCAGUCGACGGAAGACGCCGGGGAAAAAGCUGCUGUUUCGCUUCGACAAGUCAUCACACACGGCCGACGGUAGUGGUAGUGGUAACGGCGGCCAGCUACUUCCGAACUCGUCUUCUGCACCGGCCGAGGGAAGCACGCAACCGAAGGAACAUCGGCGCAACCUGUCGAACGUCUCAAACAGCACGCCAAAGGAGGACGCCGGUCUGAACAGUUCGUCCGCCAGCGGAACGUCAGCCCAUCUGUUGAACAGCAGCUUCCAUCAGCAGACGCACUAUUUCGGUGUUAAGGACGCCGCUGCCGAGCGGAAAAAGCGCGAGCGGGCCCUGGUCUGUCCGCCGGAUGCAUCGCUGGUCCGCCAGAUCUACCUUCCGCUCAUGGGGUACAUUCAGGAGAUCGAAACGUUCAUGAAGUGUAAAUCAGGCCAACCGUGCAGUUUGAACAGCUUCCUGGCGAACUACGUCAAGGAUGCGUACCUGGCCCGGGGUCACAAUCGCAACCUGCAGCUGACGAUCGAAUCGCUCUCGAAAGCGCAGGAUGCCUGGCGAACGAUCAUCACGCCGGAGGAGAUUAAGCGUCUCGGGCUCUCGCGACCAUUACUGCAAAACACUGUCAUCGUGGAAACUCGAAUUGCGGAAACAAGGAAACUGAUCCAAGAUCUUCCCACCUACUCGGACGAGCUGCUCAAGAUGGUCUGUUCGUUGCUGAAGACGUACCGUGAAACGUGCCAGGCCGCCUACCGAGGAAUCGUGCAGCCGGAAACGGAGGACAAACGGAUCUACAGCGUGGCCUGGCUCAAAGAUGAUGAUAUUACGCGGUUUUUAAAAUCGCUACCGAAUUGGACCGAUCUGAAGAUAUCCAGUGCCCGGUUGCGGAAGCGACUCAUCAAAGCGGAACCAUCGGAGGAAGAAAGUCCAACUCAGGUCCAGCAGCGGAACGUGCGCGAGGCGGAAAUGCUGACGAGCAACCUGGGCGAAGGCGGCAUCUCGCAGCAGGAAAUCCUGUCCGACGUCGGAGUGCUGAAGGAACUUGCGAUCCUGCAGGAGAGCAUGGAAUGGUUCGCCGGACGCAUCACGGAGUUUGCACUCGAACUAAAGAAACCGAUCGUCAAUGGGCUUGUUUUGGGCGGGUCUGCUAGCGGUAGUCCAUCUGCUGCGUCCUCGCCCGCAGGCUCAACCUCCUCACCGGCCGGAACGGCCUCGAUCGUCAACAGUCCAGUAAUCGUGAAGGAUGGCAUGAUCAAGGUGCUGAUCAAUUUGGCGCUCGAGUUCGAGGAACUCGCCAACACCUGCCUGCUGGUAUUGCACCUGGAGGUGCGUGUCCAGUGCUUCCACUAUCUGCGAUCCAGCCCGUCCGAUCGGUACAAGGCGAACAAUCCGAACAAGAACGAUUCCCUCGAACCGGACGCGAAGGUGCUGAAGCUGACGAAGGUACUGUCCGACAUGGACGAGGCCCUGAGCUCGACGCUGCAUCCGAGGAAGACGAAGUACGUAUUUGAAGGAUUAGCCCACCUGGCAGCCCGCAUACUCAUCAUGGCGGCCAACUCGAUGGAAUAUAUUGACCAUUCAGGCGUCCAGCGCAUGUGUCGGAACGCGCUCGCCCUGCAGCAAACCCUCAGCAGUAUCACAGCCUCACGUGAAGUAGCGCUUGACUACGCUCGGUCUUUUUACGAAAUGUUUUACCUGGACCCGGAAGAAAUUCUCACCUCGAUUGUCGAGAAAGGGGCACAGUUUACGGAAAUGCAGUAUCUGAACGCGCUGCAGCUGAUCUUCCGGAACCGAGGCAUCACGGACCCGGCCAUCGUUGGCACGUACCAACAGAAGCUAUCCGAUUUGCUCGGCACGAAACCGGCCCUCGGUGUGACCGUCUAACGUCUGCUUGGAGCAUUGGCAUUCCAGUUUAUCGUCAUCAUCUAGAACCAGAGAUCGAAAAUGGUGCCCGAGGAGCUGGAGUAGGAAUAGAAAUAUUACAGAAACAGUUACUGCCAGCUGCGGAAGCUGUAUAUUAUCGUUGUUUAGUAGUAUCAAGUAGUAGAGGGAAGUAGUAGCGAUGCGUGGCAACUCACUAGAACCGCAAGCGGCACGAUUGUUGGGCGUUUGUUGGGCCGCUAAAGCAUCUAAACAAACUAAAACCGCGCAGGGGUUUGGCCACGGGUAGCCAGUGGAUAUUAUGUGAAUAAAUUGCGCCUUAUGAUCCUUACAGGGGGGGGAAAGAAAAGAUUUAGAAAACGAAUUUAGAGGAACAAAAAUUGCUGAACCCCUUUCUAUGCCCGACUCGCCCAAAGAGCAACCGCUUUACGAUGUAUAGUUCUUGUUUGAUUGAGGCCGAGAACCGAGACGAGCGGCGUCCACGGGUAACUGAUGCAGAAAAGCUUGUUUAACGAGAAAUUUACUGAACGCUAAUCAGCCCUAGUCCUGGUUUUAGAUUGGUCUAUCGCCAGCGAGUAGAAGAGUACGGCGGCCGAGUGCAUCUAGAACCGCUUUUCGAAGCCCAGAUGGCAUGCACUCGGUUUGUUUUAAAUUGUACUUCACGGGUCAUAAGAGUAUUUCAACUAAAAUUCGGUUCAUUAACUUAUUUUAACCUUUAUGUAAACCCCAGACUAACCCCAAUCCGGAGAGGAUUGAAAACAUAAUAAUCAAACCUUACGAAUAGGAGCGGUUAUUUGGCCUGAAAUGCUUCUUUUUUCCCUCCCAACAAGAAGAUACACUGUCAUGCCGUUUAGCCACUCCGCGGGAGCGGGCGCAGUAAAUCCUAACGUGAUUGCUCAACGCGGUCACCGCUGUUAAUUGAUACGCUUGCUAUUGAUGUGGAAGUUGUGUAGUGCGAAGUUUGUUAACAAUAUCCAACAUACACUGCGAGCCCACCGAGGUGGCGUGGUGUGAAGUGGCCGAAUAAAU